AUGGCGGCUGCGGCAUCAACAGCCACGCCGCCGCCCCUCAAGCAGCUCAGCGAGGACGUGAGUCGACCUCCCGCCGUGGCCACCGUCCUCGCUGUUAGCCUGCGUGACACGCUGCGCGUCAGUACUCUCUUUGGGUUGCUGAUGGUUCUCUGGCACCCCAUCUACACCAGCCUCGUGACCGCCCUGCAAACCUGGUGGCCCAUGAGCAACAUUGCUCUCUUUGUGGUCGGCACGAUGGUUGUACACGAGAGCAUGUAUUACGGCUUUAACGCCCUGUUGCUGGCUGCCCGCCAAGACCCACGGCUGGCUGCCUACCACUUGCCUCGCCUUUCGCACCAAGAGCCGAGUACGGCGCUCAUCUGGAAAACGCUGCGUGCCUCAUUUGUUGGCCACUGGCUGAUCCAGCCUUUGACUGGCUGGGCCAUCUACCACCUCUUUGUGGACCGAGGCAUGCGCUUCGAUGGGCCCGGUCCAGCCGUUCAUGUCGCCGCUGCUCAAAUGGCCAUAUCCCUGCUACUCAAUGAUGCAGUUUUUUACUGGGCACACCGGCUGCUGCACCACCCCAAGCUCUAUGCCCGCUUCCACAAGCAACACCAUGAAUACAAAGGACCGGUGGGCUUUGCAGCCGAGUAUGCGGGCACCUUGGAACAGUUUCUCUCCAACCAGUUACCCGUCGUGCUUGGACCGCUGCUUGUGGGCAUGCACUGUUCCACAUGGUGGCUCUACUUGACUUGGAGGCUUUGGCGUACCUACGAGAUCCAUAGCGGUCUGAUGCUUCAAAACACCUGGCUCGGUCGGCUGGGGUUGCUCCAUGGCCAUGGUGCUGUCUACCACGAUUUUCAUCACACGAACAACCACGGCAACUUUGGCGGCCCAGCCAAUGCGCUGUGGGACGUGCUUGGCGGUACCGAAGACCCAGCGUUUCGCGUGUAUUGCCAGCGCCACAACAUUCGGUCAUAUCACCACCUUGAUUGA